GUCACUUACAAAGCGAGAUAGCGACGCAUUGUCGCUCCUCAACACUUUGUGCAGAACACACUUUCGACUCCAAAAUAAAAAAGCAAAAGGAAACCCAACGAAGCAAAAAGCAAAAUGUCCGCUGCACUACCAGUACCCACGUCCUCCACUCCCUGCCCCGAGCAGCAGGAUGAAAUAGCCGAGCUCCGGGAGGCGUUGGAAGACGAAAAGGCGCAUAGCAAGCGAGUCGAAGAAGCCUUGGUCCAGAUGGCCGCGAACAUGCAACAGUUACAACUUUUGCAUGAGGAGGCCAGCCUCGCGCACAAGGCGGAGAUUGCGCGGCUCAACAAACUGUUACUUGAGCAGGACGAGAACAAAGCCAUAACCAGUACAACUGCCCCCCCGGCGGGACAAAAAAUGACCACCGGCGCUGGCGAGGAAAACUCUUCUUCCUCCGGCGUGGAAGCAGAAGCAACCGAACUGGAGGAACAGGCGGAGGAUGGGGAUGAGGAUCAUUAUCCAAAAGACCGCGGGGACCUCCAAGAUGCCCGUGCAGAUGCAACAACUGCAGGACGGCCGCUACAGGAGACAAGUGACGAAGCUGCAGACCUCCUCCACCCUGAAGCUACUGCCUGGCGCGGGAAGCUUUCAAAAUUUGUCGCCGAGAACGGCAUCGGGGCGGAGACUGUGGCAGGGGAUAAGGGGGAGGUGAAGUAGAAGUAGGUGCUUUUGAUUUCAAGAGUCACGUUUUAUUUGUUGUCAAGCCAGCAUACAAGGAGGCGGUACCGCUAGCAAAAAUGACAGUCGGUAGUUGCGUCGAUAUUGAACAAUUGCCUUGGAAGGAGCUGUUGUAGAAAUGAUUCGAGCAGAACGUCAUAUCUUCUGCUGAUGUUUUUAAUAUUUACGUGCCAGGACGACUAUGAAUGGACAACUUAGAAAAGUAGACCAUAAACGACCCUUUGAAAUCAAGAAAACAGCUCUUCGCAAAAAAUGACUUUUGAUCCGAACUUGUGAUUUUUGCAUUUGAAAGUUGUAAUUUUUCGAGCUGCGAUUUUUGCAUUUCCGUUUUUCUUUAUAAGUAUUUCGAUCCGAAAUGUUAAUAGUUCAAACCGAAACAUCGCAUACUUCAAGCCGAGAAACAACUUCUUUUAAAGGGAGAAACUUCAAUACCGAUGAGGAGGAACCUUCAAUACACAACUACCCGACCUUCGAUAAACAACUAACCCGACUUCUUUUUCCUUCAGCUUCCGCCUUCAAUUCCUUCAAGAUCACAAGAGCUUCUUGAUCAAAAAACCACACAAAACCACAAAAACCGAGCUCCUCUAUGACGACCGGAAAUUUCCAAAAGUUGUGGUUUACCGUAGAGCCACAACUUUUCGCCAAGAUCCGCCUUUUUUAUCAUUCACUACGAGAAGUAGCUGCUGCAAGUCAUCCUUUUGAUCCAGGAAGUGCUUUUCGGUUCUGUGCCGGAAGUGAAAAUGAAAUGAAACAAACGAAACCGGAGAAGAAAAAAGCGAAAAGAAGGUGCUGCGUUGUUUUUGUUUUAUAUGAGUUUGCAUCUCUUCAGCUUCGUCAUCAUUCUCUAUCAACGUCUACAUCUACUAAUGCAAAUACAAUCUACAACAUCAACUUCAACAACAUAAAGUGAUAGUAAUGUUACCGCUACCGCAACCGCUUCCACUCCUGCAACUGUGUUUGCAGUGAUGAUGCAAAAAUAAAAUCACACAAAACUACAACACUUCUCAGGUUCUCUGACGAGGCGGAUGCCCGAAGUGCAAGCAGGUCGAAUCACGUGGCGACGCAUCUCCUCAGCCGUUGCAUUGUGCUGGUCUUUCCCUUCGUGCAGCCCAUCGGAACCAAGCAAAACGGCGGCACCAUCUUCGACAGCAGGUGAUGAAGAGAGUGCGAAAGUGAAAGAAAGCUGACGAACUGACUCGCACUUCAAAACGAAAUUGAUUCUGACGGUUGAGCUCCAGCUGAAGCUGAGGCAGACAUCACACUGAGGAUCAGGAUGUGGUCUGUCAGUAGUAUCUAUGUCGUGUCGAUCACGAUCUCGAUCACGGUCGCACUGUCUCGGUCUUUGUUUAUUGGUAUUAUUGUGAGUGUGGAAGUAGAGGGCGUUGAGUGAUGUUGUUGUGCGACGGGUUUGCGCGGAUGAGUGAGCUGCGCACUUUGAUACAGCCGACCAUCGGUUCGGUUCUGAUUUCUACUGAUUCUGAUUUCCAUUUCGCUUUGUUUUCCUAGCAGCCGCAGAGUGAAACCGACGGCCAUGAUAUCGAGAGAGCGCCGGAUACUCAUAGCGAGAAGUAGAUAUGCAACAAGCGAAUACAUGAGGAGCGCGAUUGGCAGUCAGCACGUGACGCCGAUGAUGCACGCGAGGAAUGAGCUGAGUGUGAAAGCGCGCGUAUAUGAGCCACGGAGUGCGUGAUAAACAGAGCGCAUGGGAGCCGCGUGAUGAAUCUCGGGGAGAUUCAAAACACGUACAUGCGCACACAUAGUGCGCAAGCGCAUGGCAGUAGUCUAUUAGCAAUGUGCGUGUAGAUGUAGCUGGCUUUCAUUCUUGUCCCUAUCUAUGUGUAGAAGAUUGCUCUGGUUUUCGCCCUAAUUCGAACGCAUUGUCGCGCCACAAGAUGAAUCGCGGCAAAGACAAAAAGUCCGUGGAACCGGGCGGACCAUUAGCCCGCCCGACGCGUGGCCAGUCACCAUGGCGUGACUUCUCGCAUGACGUCGCAGUGGCAACAUCGAUGCAGAACCUCGUCGACGCGUUUGAUUCUUUGAUAGCUAGCGGCGCAUCGACGUCUGCGAGCGAUGCGACGGCUGAAAAACAGAACGCCGCGAAAGGAGCGCGUGGGUUUGUGCGGACAGAGCUGAACGCCAAGAGUCUGUCGAAAGCGUGCAAGCGGCUCCACGGUGUUGCUGCUACUCGACACCCGGACAAGCAGCUGCUGGUCGCGCUGGCGGAGGACGAACUUCAGAAGCGGUUUGAAAUGAUUCCGGAAAAGUUUGCGAAAUGCCUUGCGAUGGAAAAGGGGGAGGCGCAUCGGGCGCAACAAGACGAAGAUGCAGAGGCGGCCCUUAACCCAAAGAGGCGGAAGGUUUCUCGUUUGAGUGUUUUUAUUUGAUCCUCGGCUUCAAGUGAAGAUGAAAACAGAAGCUUGAUGCUUAUGUGGGACAAAGAUGAACAUGAAGCACUGUAGAACAAAGACCAACGUGAACAUGUGGAAGAGCGAAGACUUUGUAUUUGGGAAUGGAAAUGGAAAUGCUAACGCAAACGCUUUUCUCCAAAACCCCAACAGGUGCAUGACAUCCGAAAAGAAUGGGCGGAGGUUGACUUCGCCGUUUUCGACAAAUUCAACACGGUCGAAGAAAAGCGCGACUACGUCGCUGUUUGCAUGGCUUCGAGCAGCGCGACGACGGCGAAGAAGGUGCAGAAGUUGCGUCUCCUUUUUUGACGUCGUUUCAGAUUGUCUCGAUCUUAUUCUUAUUUUGAUUCCAACUUCUUCCCAGUUUUGUUUUGCAUGCAGUAUACGGCUGCUCGCGUUUAGGUUGAUGCCUAGUUAUAUGCAAUGACAAAGUCAAUGUCAAAGAUAAAGAAAAACAAAAAACAACUACAGCUACCAGAUCGAGCUGAUGCAGCACCUGUUCCAGGUCGAGGAGCGAUACGACCACAAGUCGCGGCUUAUGGGUUUGCACAGAGAAGCACUGCCGGGCCAGUUACUAUCUGGUGAUCCAGUCAUCAUGAAGGCAGGGAUCGGGUAUGACUGGAAGUCCGGGUCGCUCGCCAGCAGCACCAUAAAACAGGUUCCGGAUACACAGAAGCGGCGGGCACAGCUCGUGCUGUACAACGACCAAAAGUUCGAGGAUGCGAAGCAACAAAGGGAGACCAUUACUCUCGCAGCAGCAGGUUGGAAGGAUGCGCACCGGAAGUUUCUCGAGCGCAAGGAGGACGAACUGCGGGCGGUCUACUGGAUGCACGAUCUUCAGGAUGUGGAAGCUAUCGCGGGUAUUUUUUCCCACUAGAUACGCAGGAAAUUGAGCAUGACAGAUUUAGGACGAGAGUUGCAGUCUGACUUUGAGCUACGACGACCUCCACACUUUACAUCUCGCACUGCCGUGCUGAUUGCAGUUUGCAUUAUUUUCCUCUGUGGUGUGUCUUAUCGUUCGUUAUUUUUAUUGCAGUCUCGUGCUCAUCUAGAAUUAUUUGCCAAUGAACAUUUCAGAUAUCGACGUGUACCGGAACCAAAGCGGUCCAGUUGCGCUUUCUUUCGAAGGGCGCGACGACCUGGCGCUAACCCGGGAGGCGCCGAGGGAGGCGUUUCUCAAGAAGGUCGAAGUCGCGGCCAGCUCUUCCAGUGCGAAUCCGUUCCCGGUUGUGAUAGCUCGGAAAAGCAAAAUCCGCAGGCCCACCAUCGUGGUGCGCGUUGCGCCGGACAGCACGCCAUACAAGCAGAGCCACUCGCUCACGCUGGACGCCCUCGUGAUACGCGCAAAUCCGACGACAGGAAAGUUACACAUCAAGCACGUCAUCCCGUUGGCGUCGAGCCACGACGGUGGCUACUACUCUGUGUUGGCAGACAUCUACGCACUUCUGGGGUUGUGUGUGAUGUUACCAGGAGCGACAACAGCAGCAUGGGAAACGGACCCGAUCAUCAUCCUGGCGAUCGCAUCCGAUGCGGGGGCGGACAUCCUGUCUGCCAUGCGUCGGCUGCGCCGCAUGUGCCAGGUCUUGCGGAAGAGGAGGAAGGAACAGGAGGCGAGGGGGUCCAAGGUCAAGUGCCUCGAGUUCUUCGUCGUGCAGUUGGUUUGCCAGUUGCAUCAGUGCCACCUUCUCACCAAGGAGGUGAUACAAGUGCAGGAGGUAUUCUACCCCAAAAUGGUAGAGGGAGUAAAGGCCAUCCAGCGGGCAAACAAGUGGUGGCUCCAAGACGCAGGCAUCAAGGUGCCCGAAGCGGUGGACCACCGGUGGAUGACGCUGCUGCCGUGCCUCGAGGCACUUUUAGAAAACAAGGAAAAGUUGGUGGCCUGCGUCAACACGUUGAACCCCGAAGACCGGGCGGAUGAGACCAACAGAGCAACAGUCGCGAAGGCGCGACUCCACUCCCGUAAUCCCGACUUCUGGGUUGCGGUUGCGUCCGCCGCUACGUCGGUCCGCGAAGUGCACAGACAGUCCCUCCGCGUCGAGGGCGACCCAACUGCUGUGCUGUCGAACACGAAGCUGGAAGACAUGUGCGCACACCGCCCCAGGCCGCUGGCCGUGGAGGACAUCAUGACGAAGCUGAAGAACCUGUUAUGCAGGAAGCCCGACUGCUUGCAGGAAUUCACGGUGUUCAUGAAAACGAUGACUCGCUUGCCGUCGCGAGAGAUACAACUUUACAACUUCCCCUACCUUCUUACCAUGUUGCUCAACAAGAAGCUGCGGCGCUAUAUCGCACAAGCUCUUCUGCAAACCGAGCCGGACAACCGCGAUGAUUUUUUGGACUUCCUGCUGGAGAUGUGUCACGACGCUCUUGUUUUGGUCGCGGAAGAAGAUGCUGUUGCUACGCACGUCAUGGAGGACGGAACAGUGUCUCCAGCGGCGCUUUUGUGGGAAAUAGUCUCGUGUCUGAUGCCGGGUUUGCAACCGCAGACACAGUACACCGAGAGUCUGCACAACUCGAAAACAUUCGAACAUCACAACGCUCCCAAUAUAAAAGCAGAGCGGAACGGUUUGCGGGUCAGGAGAAACCGGGGGGAGGGGCUGGAGUAUCCGCUUGUGAAAAUGUACCAAGACCAGCACCGGGAAAAGUUUGACAAGCGUUUUACCGCGGCGAGAGCAUACCAGCCGACCGAGAUGGAGAAGCUGUGGGGCCGUGAUCAGGAGUAUCUUCAUCCGUGGUUGGGCCGCUUGUGCACGGAGUUUGAAAACUACCUCGAGCAGCACCCGGCUUUUCCGGAACACAUCGAAACCAAGGUCGCGCAGAAGAUCUUUUGCGGGCCGAUCCCGCCCAACAGCGACCUCGUUCUUCCGCCACUUCUGCGCAACUUGAUACCGGGAUUCUCGGCUGGUGUGCCGCACUGGAAGUCGGGAAAGAAAGCAACGCUUUUCGAGAACAACAUCUGCAAGCUGGGGCACCUGGUCAUGCGGUUGCCGGAGAAAACGGUCUUAAACCAGCAGGACCUGGUCGACGGUAACCAUGCGGCAAAGCCGUGCUUCGUAGUGUCCCAGGAGGGGGAUCACAAGGGGCACGUGCUAGAAGUGCGCAGGGUCCUCUCUUCGGAUUUUGAUAAACAGAUGACCGCGAUUCGGGAGGAAGAAGUAAAGAAGAAGAUUCCGCGCGAGAGUAUGACGGAGUGGUACGUGUGUCACCCCUUCACGCGGUGCCGCACGGUUUCGCAGUGGGCGCUGGAUCCGGCGCCAUCGCGACAGCGCCUCGUGAUGGACUUCAAGAUCUCCGACGUCGAUGCGAUACGGUGGCACGACCACCCAGACCCGAAGCAGGACGUGCUGUGCUCCGGGCCGGUGCUCGCGACACGAGCGUCAAACUGGGUCAGCCAGAAGAUCUCCCUCGCGAAGAUCGGCGUGGCGAACAAGGAGAAAGCGCGGACCGACGAGGCAAUCGUCCAAGGUCCGGACAGUAAGAAGGCGGAGCGGAGUACAAGGGACGUCGCUUGGAAAACGGUGAGCCAACAUAUUGCCGUCCCGGAGAAGCAGCUGGAAGAAAAAAUCCGGGAGGCAUACUUCGUAUUCAGGUACUUGGCGAGAGCUAGGCAGUACAGACUGCUACGCAGUCAACUUACUUCCUAGUAUGCAAAUACUUCUUUGCCUUUGAGUUUGUCUUCUUGUUUGUGUUUGCAUGUGCUAGUAUGAUUCGCGCUUGGCCCUUGGCCUGCGCUUGAAAAUGAGAGCUGGUUUGUUUCGAGUACAGCCACCUCCUCGUCCUCGAACUCCUCCGCUGCAAAAUUCAAACGUGCAUGAAUCUAAAAUAACAGGCCGGAGGCGGCAACCUGGGCCGCGUCUUUACCGUUGGGAAUGCGCAAAGCAAAAGGCGGCGCGGUACCCGACAAGAACGGAGGGCGCGAGACGGUCGCACUCGCAGCGCCGUUGGAUUCACAGUCGGACUCCGGGUUGAAGGGUGGAGUCGCGUCGGGGACCAACACGGAAACCAACGCGAGAAAGGCGUUCGGGAAAACAACUUUGAGCCGGCUGCUGGAUCAGGAGUCUGUAAAACUGGCGCGCCACAACAUCGUCCGCCACGUCUUCAAGUACAUGAAGACUCAGGGCGACACUCCGAUGGUAACGGAUGAGAUGGAGGCUGAAAGUUACAAAGUGAUAAGCCAGUACAUGGACGACGCCAAGGACUUGGACGCCCAGCACUGGCUAGCAGCGGACUCUUCUGAUGAUGAAGAGGCGGAGGAAACAUCCAAGGAGAUGAAACGCGAGGACUUUGUACUCGAGCAGACGACGCCGUUUCGUCGUAGUCGUUUCUUUCGCAGUGGAGCAGCGUCUGCUCUAUCUGCGAAAACAUGUUUCAAGUGAACCUGUACAGAAAUCAAAGCAUGUAAUGUAACUACCGAUUUGUAUUUGGGUUUCCCUUUGUAUUUGUAUUUCACAUGUUCAUGUCCAAUUCGAAUUCGCGCGUACAUGUAUCUGCGACGUGGUUGUGGUUGCAAAUGCGCUUCCGCCCGCAGGUACAGACACAGUGCGAUCACUUGGCUUCCUCAUUUGUGCGGUAUAAUUAUAGAUAAAGAUAUGCACUUGCGUGCGCACUUCCACCACAAUCAGCAUCAGACGCACUUGUCUUUUGAAAUCUAGUCGAGAAGUCGACGACUAGUGCUUUCGGUUCCGUAUCCGUUAGCCCGCGCCGUCGUUAUUCAUCGCCUGCUCAUGUACGUAGUACCCGCACUCCAGCCUGAUGCAGGCAAAAUUAUCAUAUGCUGUACCCAAGAGAAGACGUUGCUCCCUUCUGUAUUUGUGUUUGUAAUGAAAAGAAGUAUGACAGUGAUCUGCUGCUACAUAUGCUCCCUGUGUGUGCAAUGGUGCCCAGCAUUCGUCGAUAAAAAAAGCCAAUGUUAUGAAAAAACUCGCCCCAACUGCGUUUGUACCCAGCCCCAAAUAGUUCAAUGCUGCUCGCGAUGAUUCUCCGACUUUGAUAUGGCUGAUGUCUUCUCCUGGCUGCUUUGCGCAACUAAGGGAAGCAUUGAAGCUGCAAAAAUGAGGGAAAUAGAAAUAGAGCGCGCGGUAUAUCAUGUAUGUAAAAUCCAAGACUCGCGCACUACUUGCACAGCAACUAUAGUUCCCGAAGCAAGCAAAUCUUCCUCCAGCAACACACUCGAUUAUCUUCGUCCAACAAAAAAGAUCUGCAAAAAUGGACCACGUGAUACUCUUCUACCCGCAUAGAAACCUCCUUCAUCUUGUCAAAUCUUCGCGCUUUUGUCUCAUGAAGUUCAUAUGGAGAAGGAGAGACCAUGGUCGUAAAAUGAACGGUCGCAGCAUCACAGAUUCCAAAAAUUGCCACUCUACCCCCGUAUUGGUGCUCAUGAUCCCGCCGAUAAUACGAUGAAAGGACGAGGGUCGUUGCUUGUUUCUGCGACAAAUUGAAGUAUGAAGUACGAGCUUCGAGCUGCGCGGCGAGAUCGAAAUUUGAAUGAGAGCAGACGUAAUUACUGCAUGCGCGCAGCGAGAUCAUGCACAAAUGGGGUCGGUUUGGACAUUGUUCAAGCACGUUUUGUCGGUCUGAUGAGGAGAGAACGGAGUCGGUUUCAACACGAGCCAAACCAUGUUCGAGAUCAAAAAUGACUGAAGUAAUGCAAUUUUUAUGUUGAUGCAAAAUUGGCCAAAUCUCAGACCGCGAUUAUUUUAAUUAAAAAUAAAUAAAAAUCAUUGAUUUGUCUGAAAAUAUCAUGCAAAAAAUCUCAGAGCACAAGAAUUAAUUAAUUUUUAAUUAAAGUAGUCUCGUUCUGAGAUCUGGCCACUUUUGGAACGUUCUGGAAAUGCACUACUUUUCCACAAAACUACUUUAUUUUCAAUCAAAAACGCAGUCCAGUGCGAGCGAUAAUCAGUCUGAGUUAGUGUAGAUCUUGUCCACGCGGCGUGGUUUUUUCCGUGCAGAGCGUGUAAAGAUGAGCAAAAAGCCCGUCGCUGAAGUGUCUACUUCAGCGGGACCUAAGUCCUCGCUUUCCGGCGCCGGCGAUAAGGAAAAGGAAAAAGAGAUCUCGUUGUUGGAGAUGUUGAAGGAGGAAGAAGAAGUCGCGCGGUUGGGAAAGUUGGACCCGGACUCGCAGUUCGAUCAGGUCUUGCCCGUCGGUGCCAACGUGUCGUGGACGUCCGUCAUCGGUUUGUGCAAGGAGAUGAAGGCGGGUUUACCGACUGCCAAAGAAGUGGAGCAGGUCAUGACUUGCUGGCACGCCGGGGGAAUGAUGAAGAAGGACUUCUCGGACUUCGUGAUGAGAUUCACCUCUCCGCAGUUCAAAGCCGGCGCGAUUUUGCUGCAAGCCACGCUCCGCCAGCUGGGGGAGUCCCGCCGGAAUCCCCUCCGUUCCUGGCAGCACUGCUUGACCCUCCUGGACGCAAUGACCAGCGGCGACUACGUCAAAGUCAAGGGUAUAUAUUACUUUUUUUUCACAAUACAACCACGAAUAGCAGUAGAUGUACCCCUCGAACUACCCGCGCCUUCCACCAUAUUUUGCGCCAGCGACAUAGUCUGAAGUACAAAAUUGCCCCCAAUUUCUCACCCAUAGGCAUCUUUGGUGAGCAUUGGAGUUGGUACAUUUGCGGCAAGAUUGAGCGGGCCCUGUUCAGAUUAGGCCGUACACCCGAUGACCCAUUCCCCGUCGGUUUCGACAUCCGCGACCCCUUGUCGUGGCCCGGGUUCCUUGAUUUCCGGUUAGAUAGUCGCCGUCGGGCCCGGGAAAAGCAUGUUUGUUUCCUCAAGAGCAUGAUGAUUUCGGGCGGUAAAAGGCCACGAAGCAACAUCGUUGCCCGCCCCGACAAAUCGGCUUUGUUUCAAAAAGUGUACACUACCCCGCCGCGCUGCCUCAUCUUCGGGUGGGCUGAUGAGCAGUUAUCUAGUGUGUACCAGUCCCCGAUGCCGCUGGUGUGGCUUGACCAGAUGCCCCACAUAUUGUCCGGCCACCAUACAAGGAUGGCACUCCAGCACCUCAGCGAGCAACAGAACGGCCGUCUCUCGUGGCCCGCCUUCGAAGGCUCGCAUAGUGCGACACCACCAUGCGAGUCGGACGACUCCGCUUCUGGUAGUUGCGAAAACAGCCCCGCGAGCAGUGACGUUGACUUCUCACCUAGCGAUAUCGAGGUCGCAGCGGUGCUGGAAAAACAGACCCAGAAGAAGCGCCGCCGGGCGGCAGCGCACCAAAAAUUAAGGGAGUUCGUUAUGACGCUCCCCGCGUUCCGCCGUAAUAGUGAUGAUAAAAAAGUUGGUAGUUCUGCCAGCAAAUCGAAAUCGGAAUCACCAUCAACAACCCCGCCCUCUUCAGAUAUCGUCGUGAUUCCGUUGUCGGACAAAGACGAGAUUAAAGCCGCCGGACAAAAGGAAAAGUUGCUGAUCAAGCCGAGCCGCAUCAACAACCUGGUCGGAACAAGCAGUGACGACGAGAACGUCGAGCCGGCCUUCGAGGUCAUCAGCGGAUGGCACUCCACCCUCGCCGCAAAGCAACUCCUCUUGGAAGAAGGUGGGCCGGGCAUUUACGAACGCUUGGGAUUGACGUACUUUUUGUUUUUGCUGCCUCAUUUUGUGCUCAUAAUUUAUGUUCGUGAAGAUGUACAUGUUCAUGUAGCGUCAGGAGUUAUUACCUCUCAGUAAUGGCCACUCAUCGGCGAAUUCAAUUCCCACUUCGCUCCAAAUCCAAACCGUUAUCAUUCUUGCCUCUUGUAAUGUUUUCAUCUAAAACUACCAUCAGGCUCACCGUCCUCUCCGAGAAGAUCCGCGAGUACGAGCCGCUACUGAGAACUUUUCUCAGAUUACAAAAUGAGAAUAAUUCUCCAUUGUCUACGACAAUGACAGAAAAAAUACUGAGUGUCUACCCGGAAGUAUAGUUUAUUUCCUGCUUUUCAAUUUUCAUUCAUGUGUCGCAAAAAUAAGACUGAGAUCGCAACUGGAGGCGCACCUAUGUACUACUGUUCGCAUUGUCGUCGUGGCAGCUUCAUCUCUUUCAACAAGCGACAAGAGGGCUCUUGUAUCUAGAGUUUGACUUUCUCAGCGGCUUCGAUCUGAUAUGAGUAGUCGCGUUCUAGAUAGUGCAUGAGAGUGCUUAAACACGCGUGCCCGGAGAUUUGCAUUAUGGUGCUAAGCGCCGUCCCCUGCUUGUGCAGAUGCGUAAUAAGGCUGCGCCUUGGGGUGUGGCUGGUAAUCAGCGUCGGGGGGCAGCUCCGCUGCCCUUCGCACUUGAACGUCGCGCGCGCAGCGCGGAUUUUUUUUUCAAAGGCUUCGUAGUUAAAGUCAAACACGCGAUCUUCCCCACUUAGCCCUUUGUCCUGUAGUGCGCGCCUUCGCUCCUUCAAAAAAGCUGCCGUCUGCUUGCUGGGCUUAAUGGGAACCCAUUUUAGCUUGCCGCGCCCUCCUUGCGCGAUCGCAGUCUUUGUAUUUCCUAUUCUAAUCUCUUCGCCGCGUACGUCGUCCAUGGUCAAACACCGGACGUCCAUACCGCGUCUGCCGGUGAGGCACGCGAUUGACCACGCGAGGCGAUAUUGUUUUCCCGCUUCCAAUUUUCUGCCCGCACUAGUUUGCAAAUGAAGCCCGAAGCGAAUGCAGUCCUGCAUGGUAAGACUUCCGCUUCUCUCUUCUGAAUCCACAACGUGAGUCUUCUGCGCAGGCUGCUGCGGUUUCGGUUUUCCGAUCUGCCGGGCCUUCGCGCCUUUCUUCAUUGUCUUCAUCGCCUUUCGCGCAGCUGGUUGCUGCGCCAUAGUGCGAGCUGCAUUUGGCUUCUUUAUCUUCCGCUGCUGUGCCAGUGCGAGCUUACGCUUCAUCGCGGCGUAAAAGCGGGGCUUCGUGCCACGGGCUGGCAUUGCGACAAUGCGUGUGCUCGUGCCUGUAGUAUUUUCAAUUAUUGCCAAUGAUAAGGAAUGCGAAAGCGUCACGUUUGAACAACGCAUCGAAAAACUUCUCAGAUACAUUCCGCCUACUUGCAGUUCAAAAAAGACAAUCCGGACUCCGACAUGGACGAGCUCAAGUUCUUCAAGGUAAAACAAAACUUAAUUGCGCUUUUUGUCGCGUGUCAGUGUGUACAUUUGAACUUCGAGGAGCAUGGAGUUUCUAUCCGUGCCAUAUUUAGUUCGAAAAUUUCCACGUUCGCCGCCUGUAACUGCAAGAGCAAUCUCGUGAUGCAUAUACCUGAGACUCCAACUCAAAACAACACCACAGAGCAAGUGCUCGGCCGUCGGUAGCAUGAAGACCGAGAUCGAAAUUUACUUGCAGUGCGGGCGGGAAUGGGGAGCGGUGAGCUGUAACUGGGCGGAUGUCGUCCGGCGCAAGCAGGAGGAGGGUGACGAAGAGAACUUUCCCUCGCAGUUGCGGUAUUUUGAUGUCGUUAUUGUUUUCUAGAUAAACGCGCGCCACUUUAUCACCAUCUCAGUCUCCGUGUCCAGAUGUCUAUGUGAUUUGAUCCGUCGCGCUUUUUUAUUCGGUGCAGCUAGUGUCGCGGUGCAGUGGAAGAAAAUAUGUAUGAGAGUGCCAAGCUUCGAUCCGCACUCACAAAGAGAUGGACACGCUGUGACCAAUCUACAUCUGCAUGUGUUGACGCUGGACCUAAACGCAAACACUAAGUCUUUCUAACACAAAAGCAAUUUUCUAAAAGCAUGCUCUGUAUGUGUAUUUUCAGUAUCGACAAAAAGCGUCAGAGUCGGUAUUCGAUCACUUAUGAUUUUAUUUCUAUUGUCGCUGUUGUGAAAGUGAAAGUGAAAGUGAAGGUGAAAAUAAGUCCGUCACUGCAAAUGAAAUUGAAAACGAAAUCGAAUAAAUCAAACAACAGGUCGAGAGUGCUCGACUCCGGGAUCAAAUGGCAACACUCGACCGUGAAGGACCUCGCCCUCAGCGCCUACUUCGAGUUGACCUUGGGGGAGAAUAGGAUCACCGUCAACAAGGGGCAGCUCAUGAACCUGCAGAACUGCUUCCGCUUGAGCUGCCACAAGGACAAGCUGGCGACCGACUUCUGGAAUCAGCUGAUUCUGCGGGUAAUCACCGAGACCGCGCGGAACGCCGCCAAAGACUUCCAUUUCGAAGAGGAGGGCGUGAGCUGCGAGGUGCGUUUUUCUUAUCGUUCUUGCUGUGCAUGUACAUCUGCAUGCGUAAGUAUAAAUAUAGGGAUAGCAUCUGUGAUCUGCAUCAUUACCAGAGCCAGUAUUACACGCUCCUUCGUGCUUGGUUUCAUAUGCAGCGUCCAUUGUGUUUUAGAUUUCCUUUACCACUUCCUUUUCCAUUUCCGCAUCCACUUCCACAUCCACUCGUUUAUACAAAACACAAUUACUCAAAUCAGACCAUCACCGACGUCAAACAGCUGGUCACUGCUAAGACCCCGCGUGAGGGCAAGUUCAAUUCCGGUGAUGUGUGGUUGUUCGGCGCCCAGGACAUCGCGGCGAAGAAAAAAGAAGAGGCCCGGCUGAAGGAAGUGCGCCAGGUCAUCAAACUCGACCUGAAGCUCCUCAAUAUGGAUAAGUGUGGACAAACCUCCUUGCACAUGGUGGAGCAUGAGACCCGUGCUCUAUUUUUUCUUUGCGUCCGAUCUGCAUGCAUUUACUGUGAGUUCCAGGCAUCGCAGAUUAGCAUCAUAAAUUGGCGCUGGCCUUUGCAUGAUCAUGAGCGACAGUGACCGACACAAACUGCAGUCUUAUUUCUAAAAUGAAAACAACACCAGAGCCGGCCGUGAAUCUGGCGACCGGGCAGCGCGUGAUCCUGAGCUGCGGCGAUCAGGGACCGCUGGCGGUGUUGAACGACGCGCAGGCCGUCAUCACCGGUCCCGGUGUUUCCCCCGCUGUUGCGAAGCUGAAGAAAGAGAUGCAGGAUUUGCGGGCGGCCUUCGCGGCGUACGAGCGGUCCUGGAAGACCGAGACCCGCCGCGCGAUCGCGCAAAGUGUCAUCGACGAAAAGGCGCGGUUCAAAGAGCGGAAGAAGACGGACGAGCACGCGGUCCUGAUGCUGGAGGAGAAGGCGAUGCUGGCCCGCAAUGAGCAGGGUGAGAAGAUGAAGAAGCGCAAGAUGCGCCUGAAGUCCGAGUGCGAGCGGUUGGAGAAAGAGAUCAAGAUGGCCCAGGAGCACAAGUGCUUGACCGUCCGCGCGAUGGCGAAGACGUUUCCGGUAUAGAUGAAGAGCGAUUGUCAUUUUCAUGUAAUAUGCGCGCUUCCGGUAUAGACAGUAGAUAUACUCAUGUCAUAUUCAUUGUCAUAGCCAGCAUCAACUGUUAUUGCAAACUCAAUGCGCAAGCGCCCUGCAAUGAAUGUAAUGUAAAAAGCGUAAGCCUACGCAUAAACUUUAAACACUGACCAACAAUGUAAUUUUUUUCAGGUCCCGCAUGAGAUCGCGCACCUCGACAAGCAGCACUACCAGCGCGAGGACUUGAUGAGCGGCCACGCUUUUUAUAAGGACAACGAGUGGGUCCUCGGCUCCACGGACACGCAGAAGGCCUUCAUCUUGCCGUGCCGCGUCCCGGCGAAGCUGGUGAAGCGCAAGGACGUUGACGCCGAGGAUGUGAACAUGGACUUCGUGUUGAAGAUGGACAACAUGGUGUUGGAGUUCCGCCCGAACAAGGCCUACGUCGAUCAGACCAUCAUCUUCAAGCCGCGCAAGAUCGCCUUCGGAAACACGUUUGACUUGUACUACAAGUACCCCUUCUGCUCGCUGGACAAGAACACGUUCUCCGACGACAGCCACCUGGGCGAGAACUUCGGCAAGAAGGCCUUGAACUCUAAAAACAAGCCGCCCACCAAAGCGGAACAGGACGCGAUCACGAAGAUGCAGACUACCGAGUACGACAAGCUCGUGGGCAUGGAGGACGCCAAGGUGAAGGAUGACCUGGGUGACGGGAUGACCUUCUUCAUGUUCCCGUUCGGUGAGGGGGAGAGCAACCCGUUUCACAAGAAGAACCUGAUGAACCCCAACGAACAGGAAGGUGGGUCCUCGUCUUCGUCGUCCUCGGGUGCGAACGCGAAGGCCAAGGCGAAGGGGCGCCCAAAGAAAAACCCAAAGCGACCGAUGAGUCCCGCCGAAGAGGAGUCUGGGAAGCGCUCGCGCGGUCCGUCUAUGGAUGAGGAUGACUUCGGUGGUUUUGAUUUCUUCAAGAUGUGAUGAACUAAGUUGAACUCGGGAAGGAUCGGCUAUAAGACUAGCAAUUUUCACUUUCGCUCUGGCUAUGUCACCACGAAAAUUUCGUUGCAACGUCUGUAGUCGCCUCCGUACUGAAAGUAUUGGCGUCGUCACUGGCAACAUGCACCUGUAUCAGCAUCACAUCUGUGGCUGUGCGGGUGUUUCCUGUUGCUUUUACUACUAGCAAUUUAUGAAGUAGAAGUAGAAGCUGACGUAAGUGCUCCACCCAAGAGGAGACGUAGGUGUAUUGCUUUCGUUGGCGAGUACUAGUGCUAUCGAGAGCGGGGAAGUGUCAGCAUGUUUACACUUGCGAGAGCGAGUUGGAGGAGCCAGAGUCAAUGUGCUUCAGCUUCACUAGCAAGCUUCGGGUAGAGGUGGAUCUUCAGUUUUUACUUGUGCUACAGUUCGUUUUCAAUGUUAAUGAUUUAACUUUCAUUAUUUUUUGUUUUAGAAAAAAAAACAUCCUCAUCUCUACCGUUUGCGAUGUUCCAGUUUAUUGCAUCGCAGACUAUAUAUUUACAAAAUAAACUAUCCAAGAUAUUUUUCUGUUUAGAAAUAAAUUUCUAGUGAUCUCUCUUUGUUGAGCUGCCUUUCUUGUUUCGCACUACAAACGACAUCGACCAGCAGCAUCACCGUCUCUUCGCUUGAUGUUGGCAGUGCUUGCGCACUGUCAGCAUUAGGCAAAAAAACUACAUCUUUCACUUCUUCCACCCUGUAGAUACCUCUGUAUCUACGUUAUGGGUGGCUUAUGCUACUGUCACUUUCGCCCAUCUCUUCGGGCGUCUCGUAUUACUGACGAUCAACGUGCUUUGCCCUUUUUUCUUGAGACGCAAGAACCUCUUCUCUAGAACUGAGCCACUUUGUCGCGCCACUGAGGAGAAGAUGCGGGAAGCGCGCUGAUUGCCAAAAACUUUGAUUUGACGCUGCACAAGCUGCGGAGCUGAACUUGUGCCAUCUGAGCAUCUCCAUUAUGAAAAUGCAUCAGCACUAUUUUGAAUAGUUGAAAUUCAACCACUGAAUCGAACAAGCGGAUGCGCGCCCGCAAAAGUCGUGUCGGUCUCGCAAAGGAAUGAAGAAUGGCGAAAAGUUGUGGCUCUACGCGAAAAGUUGUGGCUCUACGGUAAACCACAACUUUUGGAAAUUUCCGGUCGUCAUAGAGGAGCUCAGUUUUUGUGGUUUUGUGUGGUUUUUUGAUCAAGAAGCUCUUGUGAUCUUGAAGGAAUUGAAGGUGGAAGUUGAAGGAAAAAGAAGUCGGGUUAGUUGUUUAUCGAAGGUCGGGUAGUUGUGUAUUGAAGGUUCCUCCUCAUCGGUAUUGAAGUUUCUCCCUUUAAAAGAAGUUGUUUCUCGGCUUGAAGUAUGCGAUGUUUCGGUUUGAACUAUUAACAUUUCGGAUCGAAAUACUUAUAAAGAAAAACGGAAAUGCAAAAAUCGCAGCUCGAAAAAUUACAACUUUCAAAUGCAAAAAUCACAAGUUCGGAUCAAAAGUCAUUUUUUGCGAAGAGCUGUUUUCUUGAUUUCAAAGGGUCGUUUAUGGUCUACUUUUCUAAGUUGUCCAUUCAUAAGGACGACGACGAGCAGGAGCAGGACCAUAAGCCCAACAUUAUUUUUUUGCAAUGUAGUUUCGCGCCCGAGCCAUGAUUGAGUGCAAUCGUCGGCCAUGAUGUUGGUGGACCAACAAGACAAGCAAU